UUGGUUAACUUGUUUUCAUUAUGUAUUUCUCUUACACAUUCUCUCUAACAUGUCUACACUUGAAACAUCUAUUGUGAUUAGCAUUUGCAAAACAGUGUUAAUUUGUGGUUUAGUCCUAUACGUGGCCACCAUUAUCUUUCUCAAUGAAUGUCCAUCUUCUAAUCUUUUCUCUUCCUCAAAAUUAACAACCUCUCAUCCUAAUAAUUCUCAAUCAAAUGUAUCAUCAAAUGUUACACAAAUCAGUAUCAGUGCCACUAAGAUUAGUCACCUUGUUUUUGGACUUUUGGGGUCUGAAGAAGCAUGGCAUCAUAGAAAACCAUAUAUUGAAUCAUGGUGGAGACCAAAUGUUACGAAAGGAAAUCUUUUACUAGAUUUUCCUCCUCAAGGUGAUCUUCUCCCAUGGUCCUUAAAUUCACCACCUUAUAGAAUAUCCGAUGAUGUUCCAAAACUCGUUAACGAGACCAAUCAUGUCGAUCCAAGAGUUUUAAGAAUGGUUCAUGGGAUUAUGGAGGUUGUUAGAGAGGCACAUGAAGGGGUAAGAUGGGUAAUAAUGGGGGACGAUGAUUCGAUAUUUUUCGUGGAUAAUAUGGUUGAUAUUCUUGCGCAAUAUGAUCAUACAAGAUACUAUUACUUUGGAGGACACUCGGAACAUAUUUUGGCGAAUUAUUUUUUCUCAUUUCAUCAAGCUUUCGGUGGAGCUGGAAUCAUGUUGAGUUAUCCUUUGGCUAAAGCAUUGGCAAAUGAUAUGAUGUCUUGUUUAAAGAGAUAUGCUCACUUCAGAUCUGCUGAUAAAACUACAAUGACUUGCAUUGCUGAUAUUGGUGUUAAUCUUACUCCUCUUGAGGGUAUUCAUCAGAUUGAUCUACGAGGUGAUCUCUCAGGAUUUCUAUCAUCCCAUCCAAAAUCUUUAUUAAUGUCCCUUCACCAUUUUGACAAGGUUGAGCCACUUUUUCCCUUUAUGGAUCGUGCACAAUCUGGAUAUCACCUUCUAAAUGCUGCAAAAUAUGAUCAAUCUCGUAUGUUACAACAAACCAUAUGCUACAAAAGAUCCAACAAUUGGACAUUUUCAAUAUCUUGGGGAUACUCAGCUCAUAUUUACGAGAACAUUAUGCCUAGAAGUUUGAUACAAAAUCCUAUUGAAACAUUCAAACAAUGGGGUGAGAUUCCGUUUCCACCACAUUAUAUGUUUGAUACUAGAAAUUUUACUUGGGAUCCUUGUGAAGCCCCUCAUAUGUAUUUCUUCAAUUCCACUGUGAAAACUCCAAGAAACAAAAUUCGUACAAUAUAUACUAGAGCAUGGCCUCGAGGGAUAGGAGCUUGUUUGUAUGCUGGAAAUUAUCCUGCAGAGUACGUAACUGAAAUUCAUGUUUACUCACCAGCAACAAAACGUAUCCAGAUUGACAGAUGUGAAUGUUGUGACAUAAUUCAUAAGGCUGGAUCCUACAAGGCUGCUAUCAAGUAUAGGGAAUGUAAGAUAGAUGAGAUACUAGCUUGAUCAAUUGAUCAAGUUGAUGUAUAAACAUUUUUAUUGAUUUUAUUUAAUUGUCAUUGAAACAAGUCAACAGCCA